UAUUUACCCCACUUAAUUCGAUUUCUUAGAUUCUCUUUCACACCUUUACUCUGUCCCCAGCUUCGCUUGUGCACUCUCAUUCGUUAAUUGCUUGCAAUUUUGAGAUCGAUAAUGAAGGGAAAAGAAGAGAGAGAGCGAAUUCCAAUAAAGGAGAGGCCCGAAUGGGCUGAUGUCCGGCCGGUACCGCAGGACGACGGCCCGAAUCCGGUGGUGCCGAUUGAUUACACCGGCGAGUUCAGUGAAACCAUGGAUUACUUUAGAGCAGUAUACUUGGCCGAUGAGCGAUCCCCGCGCGCACUUCACCUCACUAAAGAGGCCAUUCUUCUCAACUCCGGCAAUUACACUGUCUGGCAAUUCAGGCGUCUGAUACUUGAUGCGCUUAAUGCUGAUUUACAUGAAGAACUGCAAUUUCUUGACCAGAUUACAAGAGAAAAUCCCAAAAACUAUCAAAUUUGGCAUCACAGACGGUGGCUUGCUGAGAAGCUCGGGGGACAUGUUGCAAGUAAGGAGCAUGAAUUCUCCCAGGAAAUAUUCUGUAAAGAUGCAAAGAACUAUCAUGCCUGGUCCCAUAGGCAGUGGGUUCUUCAGGCUCUUGGAGGAUGGGAAGGUGAGCUUGCCUACUGCAGUGAACUCAUUAAAGACGACAUUUUCAAUAAUUCUGCUUGGAAUCAGAGAUAUUUUGUUGUUAGUAAAUCUCCUCUCCUAGGAGGGUUAGAGGUUAUGAGGGACUCUGAAGUUUCUUAUGCAAUUGAAGCCAUUUUAGCCAAACCUGAGAAUGAAAGCCCUUGGAGAUAUCUCCGUGGUCUUCACAAGAAUGAUGGUAACUCUUUGGCCAAUGAUCCCCGAGUGGCAUCGGUCUGCUUGGACGUUUUGAUGGGCAAAACAGAUUAUAUUCAUGCUCUGAACAUGAUUCUUGAUCUUCUUUGUCAUCGCCAUCAGCCGAGCAAAGAGUUGCAAGAUGCCGUUGAUGCUGUGUCUCCAGAUCCGAAUCUGUCGGAUGUUGGCUUAGCUGAGAAAGUGUGUUCUAUCUUGAAGUUGGUCGAUCCCAUGAGAGCAAAUUACUGGGAGUGGCGAAAGAGCACUGUUCCUGCUCAAGAUUAAACUAUUCAGAGUUAGAAAAGAUUUGUCUUGUUUAAGUAGAAUGUAUAACAAGCUGGUUAUUAUUUUUGGAAUUUUCCACCUCUUCUCUCUCUAUUA